AUGCUCCCUCACAUCUUGCUGCUUGAACGAUCUUCGUUGCUGCCUGCUUCAACGGAACCCUCUGUCGAUCUCUCUGUUGCUGUGAAGGCAGUGGCAACAAGUCUGAGCUUGAAGGAGGAAAAAAUUGCUGCUUACUUGAAUAAAUAUUAUUUUCUGGGGGCUAAUAAUACUAGCUAUGCACGAGAAUAUGGUUUUGGACUUGGGCGUUUGAUGUCAAGAUCUGAGUUUAGUAAGGUGUCGUUGGAUAGGUGUAAUGGGUUUUUGCCUUUGAGAACUCGGAGUUUGGAGAGGUCUUCUCCUUUUCUUAGUUUUCAUCGGCAAUAUGUUCCUACUCCUAUUUCCAGAGAACAAAAGUCGACGAAGAUGCUUGUAUACUUGACAGGGUUGGUAUUUGCAAUGGUCGGAUGUAGUUAUGCUGCAGUUCCUCUGUAUAGGAGAUUCUGCCAAGCUACUGGUUAUGGGGGCACCGUUCAGCGCAAGGAGGUGAGAUCUCGGUUUAUGAUAAGGAAGAUGUUUAUAUUUUUGGACUAUUGGGUAAUGACACAGGUCUUACUGUUUAUCCAGAGUGUGGAAGAAAAAAUUGUGCGGCAUGCUCAAGAUGGAACCAUUACGACCAGGGAGAUUGUGGUGCAGUUCAAUGCUGAUGUGGCGGAUGGAAUGCCUUGGAAGUUUGUUCCUACACAACGAGAGGUAAGGGUUAAGCCAGGAGAGAGUGCCCUUGCAUUUUACACUGCUGAAAAUCGAAGUUCAACACCCAUAACUGGUGUAUCUACAUAUAAUGUUACACCCAUGAAGGGCAAUGAAAGACCACUUCAAUCUAGGAAACAACCAUGCUUGGUACUACACGAUAGCAUCGAGAGUGGUGAUCUAACGCCCCACAUCCACAUGGUUCGGGGAGACCAAGGUCAAAAGCAUGACUAUGGGGAGCAACAAACUUCCGCCUUGAUUCCGUUGAGCCUCCUUAUUUGGCUCUUAGCUGCAGUUUACUUCAACAAAAUACAAUGCUUUUGCUUUGAGGAGCAGCGACUUCUACCUGGGGAGCAAAUUGACAUGCCUGUGUUCUUUUAUAUAGACCCCGAGUUCGAAACAGAUCCUAAAAUGGAUGGUAUCAGCAACUUGAUCUUAUCCUAUACAUUUUUCAAGAUUUCUGAAGAGUAA